UUUCCUGAAGAGUAAUAACACUGGUUCACCUCCACAUCCUGUCCACUGAACCAUCCUCCUGCUUCAUCAGAAAGACGCAAAUCCAGCCAGAUUGAACAUUCCAGCUCUGGGCCUCAUUUCCCCAGGAAGCAACACUCACUUCCUGUGAAAUUAAGAGAACAAAGUCUGUGUGAAGUGAUAACUAGCCAGAGGUAAACCCCUUCAUACACAACUCCUCCCCCGAUCUUCACUUCACUUUGUCCUACAGGAAAACAUACGUACACACUGGUUAGAAGUGUUAAGCCAUGUGGGUGAAGAUUCUGCCCUCUCUAAAGAUGGGCACCUUGUGGUUCACCUCCUUGUGGUAUCUCCUCUUCUUCCUCUUAACCUCAGAGGAAGCCUGCGCAGAGUCUGUCAUAAAAAGUGUGCAACUCAUUAUCCAUCCAAGAAACGAAGUUGAAAGAGGUACAAAUGUGUCAUUGAUAUGUCAUGCAGAAGUCAGCCACAGCCCGGGGUCUCUCCCCAUCUAUGAAUACAACAUCUACAAAGAUUUUAAGCUAUUAAAUACUGACCAGGCGAAUUCUAAGGACUACCAAUACUCUAUACCAGAUGCCAGAAUGGCUGACUCUGGGAAAUAUAAAUGUGAGGUUGUCAUUAAGGAGCAAAAGAAGGAGAGCCUUGUCGAAGACCUGACCGUGAAAGGUCUUCAGACACCAGUCCUAACAGUGGAUAAACUGAAACUGAUAGAGGGAAAUCAUGUUAAUUUUAACUGUACAGCAGAGGGAGAAAGAGGUGUUCUUAGAUUUUUCAUUCGUGAUGGAUCUCAGGAACUCUACACAGAGCUCACAUAUAGUCGCAGAGUUGAUUGGCAGCUAAAUCUUCCUAAAGGAACUGUGAAUAUAUUUUGCUACUAUUCUAUUACAUUACGUAGCACAGAACUCUCUAAUGUCAGUAAUGUAAUCCGUCUUGACAUUCAAGAGCUGGAGAUCAAUCCUAAUAUCGAAGUCAUCCCAUCAAAAAAUGUCACUGAAGGAGAUCUCAUAACCUUCAGCUGCAGUGUUGAUACAACUUACCAAAGAAAUUCUGAUCCAAUAAUCACUCUUAGCCAUGGACAUAUCGUGCUCAGUUCAAACAUGACAAAGACAGAUUACAAAGUGUAUGCUAAGGCUAAUGAAUCUGGGGAAUAUGAGUGCACCUCACGUCUUGGUAGUGUUUCUAAAGUCUCCGCUAUGAACAUCUCUGUAAAAGAGCUUUUCUCCAUGCCUGUCCUGAGCAUCCCCCCAGCUAAGGUUUUUGAGGGAGAACAUUUCAGCAUCAGCUGUCAAAUAAACAGCUUAGCCUCAGAAAGGAUUCGAAUGGAUGAUAUAAGGUACUCUAUAUUACAAGACAAAACACCUGUAAUAAAUGGUAGCCUAUACAAUGGCACUGCAGGCAAAGCAUCCAAUGGGAAAUAUAUAUGUGUUGCUGAAGCCAAGGGGAUUAUCAAAAAGAGCAGGAUGGUGCUGUUUGAAGCAGAAGUUCUCGUUUCAAAGCCUGAGAUCUCAGUUUAUGGUCCUGUUAUCGUGAAUAAGCCAUUUUGGAUACAUUGCCAUUCUUACAAUGGAAGUCUGCCAAUUAUCUACUCACUAAAGAGAAACAACAUCACCCUGAACAAGACUGAAGUAUCUGACCUUCAUGAGAAUGCUCGUUUUUUAGCCAUGAUAUCAACUCCUUUAGACAUCAGCAGUUACAUGUGUGAAGCAGAGAAUAACGGCCAAGUCUCAAGAAAGAUGAGUGAAAGGCUACGUGUGACUGUAAUAGUUCCAGUAGGGAAACCUUUACUGACAAUCAUUCCAGUUCCAGAAAACAUUGAAGAGGGCAGUGAUGUUACCCUCAUAUGUAACAUUGCAAAAGGCUCACCACCUAUCAAUUUUAGUUUUUAUGGAGGCAGUGGCACAGAAAUCUACAGCACCACAGUUCAAAGUAAUUCAUCCUCAUAUGUUCUGAGUGCCGUAAAGAGACAGCAAAGUGGAAAUUAUUACUGUGAGGCAAAUAACCAGGCACAAUCUUUGAUAAAGAGUGACACAGUCUCUGUCGAAGUGAGCCUGGCAACGUGGAAAAAAGCUUUGAUUGCUGUAUUCUGCAUGCUGGUAGUGGCCCUACUGGUCCUUUUCAUCGUGAGGCACUACAAGGCCAAGCGAGUGGUGGUGAAUAACAAAGAGAGUGUUUGGAGUGAAAGACUUCCAGAUGUUGCUGACCAGGACAGCCCAGUGUCCACAAACGAAGGUGACAUAGAGUACACAGAGGUGGUUCAUCUGCAACCUGUAGAUCCUACACAAAUUCCUCGGAAAAAAGGCACAGAUACUGUGUACAGUGAGCUUCAAACCACUCAAGGGGCUACUGAACAUGUUAACCAUGAAGACCUGUUAGAAUAUGCUGAACUCAGCCAUGAUCUUCCUGAACCAGUGGACUGUUAGAAGUCAGUCAACAUCCCUCACCUCCCUCUGGACUACUGUGGCCUAUGUGCUAUCACUGUGCUAUGUGCUAUAUGUGCUAUUAUUUGUCCUAUUUGUCACAGUGCUAUACUAUUAUGUGUAUAGUCUGUACUUUCUCUCUUUGUUUAAAUAUAUUGUGUCUGUGUCUGUGAAGUUUAAAUUAAUAAUCAGUUGUAUUUUUGUACCCUGUGUACACUGCAUGGAAUGAUGUAAUGCAAACUGCAACAACAGUUAGUUGGACAUCAGCUCACAUUAGAGAUAAAGUCAUGCAUUUAUCUUCGGCCAAAAUGCUUUCAUUUACUGACAAAAAUAAUCUAACUUUUAGCAUUAGCUAAAGGAAACCAAAACAAAGAAUUUCCCUUUGGGAUCCACUGGGAGAAGAUGAUAAUGGCUAGUGAAUACCAGUCCCACCCACAUCAAUUAGCUCAUCCAGCCUGACAUCACUAAGUGUACAUACAGAAAGCUUCACAAAUUUCGGCAUCCUUGGUAUAAUAGGGAAACAUGGAAAUGUGUCUUUGGUAAUACAUUUCAAUAAUUCAAUAAAAAAAUUCAUUUGCUAA